CAAAAUGCACCGGCGGCCCAAGAGCCUACCCGGAACCACAACAGACAACAACAACCGUCGGUUGGGCGGAGACUAAGUAAGGUCGGGCAGGGCGGCGGGCUAUGGACUCUUUGGCUGGCGGGGAUGCGUCUGCACACGACGAGGAGCACCAACUUGGAGCCACGAGCGCUCAAGCCCACAUGGAGGUGGUCCUAACCUUCUGGAAGGAGUUCAACCUUGACGGGAGGCGACUGCAGCUCGACAAGCAGGGCCUGGAGCUCCAAGAUGCGAAGGACGCCAGCCUCGUCAGGCGCAAGAACCUGGCCGAGCUCACCAAGGAGUUCCGCAAGAAAUCCGACCAGGAGAAGGUGGCGGGUGUGCAGCGGCUCGUCAAGGCGUACCAGGAGGAGAUAGACACCCUCGCCAAGCGGUGCCGCGCGUCGGACUCGGCCUUCUUCUCGCUGUACAAGGGGCUCUACGAGGCUCCCGAUCCCGCGAAGGCCCUGGAGCGGUCCGCGUCCGAGAGGCCCCGGGCCGCGGCUUCUGAGGCAUGGUUGCAGAAGCUGCGGUCGGAGCUGGCGGAGUACGAGGAGGAGUUUAGCAAGCUCAAGAAUCAGGACAUCACCAUUCGUCGGCUUGAAGACGUGAUUGCGGAGUUCGAGGAGGGCGCGGAGGCCAAGGUAGAGGAAGAGGCCGAAGCGCGUCUAAAGGUGGCUCAGGAGGCGGCGGAUGCGAAGUUGGAGGCAGCAAGGGAGCGGGAAGCGCAGCUGGCAAAGAGUCUGCAGUCUGCGGAGGAGUCGCUCUCGGAAGCCAGGCAGGCGGCGGAAGUGAUGGAGAGCAGGCUGUUCGAAUCCUCGAGGGAAGCACAGGAGGCCGAGGCGGCGUGGGAGGUGGAGAGGGAGAUACUCUCGCAGACCAACGAAUCGGCGCAGGCACAGCUCACGCGGCUGGAGCAAGAGCUGCAGCAUCUCCGAGAGCGUGAAGGCAGCGGCCUCUCACCCUCCGCAGCAACCACCGCCGAAGCAACACCGUCGGCAGCGGGACCCCCUGCUCCGGACGGAGUUGGAGGAGGAGGAGGCGUCAGCCACGCCGAGGCGGUUGAUGCGGAGCUUACCGAGCUGACGCGCGUGAACUCGCAGCUGCGGGGGGAGCUGGUAGCCCGGUCGUCGGCGUGGAGGGAGGAGAAGGUAUCUCUCGAGGCCGCGUUGAAGACAUCUAAGGAGGCGUGUUCCGUCGAAGCGGCGGCCGCGGCGGGGCUAAGGAAGGAGCUGGAGGCGAGACCGACGGUGUCGGAGGUGAAGGCGCUUCGGCGGCAGCUGAGGGUGCUGCAGCAGCUGGAGUUCAACGCGAGCAACGAUGACGAAGAAGAGGGUGCUGAAGCGGAGGAAGCCAUGAUUGGUGAGGACGAGCCUCAUGGAGCGGACCCCGAGCACACCGCCAUCCAGGCCGAGCGUACGAUGGAACAGGUAAUCCGAGGGAGAGUGCGGCGUCUCGAGGCCGACCUCACCUCCUCCCGCCGCCUCGCUGAGGAGCGAGGCGCCGACGCCGCGCGCCUCCAGCGCGCUCUCGACUCCGCCACCGCCCUUGCCUCCGAGCGACUAGAGACGAUCAACCGCCUAGAGGACGACCUAGCGACGGCGGCUGGCGGGGGGGGAGGGGCGGGGACGCCGCGUGGAGGGGAGGGAACGGAUGCCCUCCGGGAGCUGCUGGGGGUCGGGGAGGCGGAGGGGGGGCCUGCGGGCGGGGACGGCGGGGUGGGGGGUGAGGCUGGGACCCAUGGGGUGCUGGGGAUCGUGCAGGCCCAGCGCGAUCGGUUCCGUCGGCGUAUCAAAGAGCUUGAGGCCGAGAGGGAGGACGAGCAGAGGGAGGCCAGGGCCGCCCAGGGGGUGAUGGAGAACCUCCAGCGGGACAACUUGCAGCUCUACGAGAAGGUUCGGUUCUUGCAGAGCUACCAAAGAGGGGCCACGGGGGCAGACAAGAACAACGUCCUCGCCGCCGCAGGAGGCAUGACCCCGGGGGUCGGGGACGUCGAGGCCGGCGGCGGCGGCGGCCGCGGGGCAGCAAGGGAAGGAGAGGAGGGGGGUUCGCGGAAGGCAACGGAGGCUCGGUACGGGCAGCUUUACGAGGCGAGAAUCAACCCCUUCACCCAGUUCUCGCAGCGGGAGCGGCAGCGCAAGUACCAGGAGCUCACGGUGGCGGAGAAGAUCACGCUGAAUACCACCCGCAUGUUCCUUGGGAACAAGUUUGCCAGGAACUUCGUGUUCUUCUAUGUGGUCUUGCUUCACGUGGUGGUCUUCACCACUCUCAACUACUGGACACACUCGCACUCUCAACUAAUGCUACAGGAAACACUCGAAGCGCACCAAGUGGAGCCAAGGGCCGCUGGCCCGGGGGCUUAGCGGCCUUCCCGCUUCUGACCCAGACCCUUGGUAGACACGCGGGCGGGCGAGCGGGGGAGGGCAUGCCCGAGCGGAAGCGCGCUCGACUGUUUUGUUUUUGUCGUGGAAAUAAACCCUUAUUGGUUACGUGUUGCUGUUUUAAUCGUCAUCGGUGCGUUGUGGUUGUGAAAGUGUUCGUGACAUGCCGAUGGAGAAAGAUGGAGACAGACAGAGAGGGUUCCCCGCCUGCUUCGGUUGGGCUUUCUCCAUUCCCUCUUGGUUCGAGCCUGGAGAGAGGGAGAGAGGGGGGGAGGGGGGGAGAGAGAGAGCACCAUUGGGCGGCUGUGGGAGAGGCGCAAGGCCACGCAACCUUAGCCACGCGGGCACAUAGCGAAGGUGUGGGGGGGAUAGUGGAAAGCCGCCGGGGGGGGGGGCAGCAGCCCAUGCCUUCUCCCACGACAGCAGCCGCGGCAUUUAUUUAGACUUCAGGCACGCACGGAGAGAACGCGUGUUACGAUGGUCGAUUGGUUGUGGCUGUUUUUGUUGUUGCGUCUCUCGUAUGCUGCACUCGUUUUCUUGUCGGCCGUGUGGGGUUGGUUGUCCCCCAUGAAAGUACUCCUGUAUUUUUCAGAGACGACGGCGGUUCUUCCAUGGUUGUUCUCGUGUUCGUCGGGAGGCAGGGUUAUGCUAAGCUUGUUGCGCCGGCCGUGUUUUCAGGCUAACCUCUUGUUUCAUUAAAGGUUGCAUCGUCCAACCUUUGGACCAAGGUUAGGUUGUCUCGAAGGAGGAUGAGGGGGGUACUAGCGGGCGAGUCGGCGUCUUUUGUUUUGAAAUUGCGUGCGAAAUGGAAAAUACGGAGUGUGUGUGCUUUGGUCUCGUCUAUCGUGUGGAUAGGCCUGCCCGUUCGCUACAGAUACAUUCGACGCGUCGACUGGAGCAGUAGGAAGGGUGAGGUUAACCCUGUUUUGUUUCUCCUGCGGUGCCUGCCUUCAAGUUGCGAGAUAGCCGGAAGAGUGUACUGAGUUUUAGAAAACUCUUUGAAGUAUACAUCAAACCACAAAAAAAAAAGACUAAAACACCCGUUCGGGACAAUACCACAAUCACUCACAGGACACAGAAGG